AUGAGUCGCACCAAGCGAAGAGGAGGCUUUACAGGCACCGAUCGUCACAAACGGCAAAAAUCUACACCCAAACAAUCUCUUGACAGACAGAUCUCUAACCGACCUGAACAGACAGAAUUCGAGCGGUCGGUAGCUACUCUGAAUCCAGAAGAUCUGGCUGCCCGCUUCACCAAAGCAAUUCAGAAGCAUAAAGGUGACCUCAGCACCAUAGAGCUAGAAGACCAGUCCGUGCCUGCGAAAGCAUUCCGAAACACGACGGCCUUUGCUGAACCAAGAGUCGUGCAGAAUCUGGCGCAGUUUCUCGAACAGAAUACAGCAGGCGGCGCUGACGAGCUUAAAACAUGUCAAGAGAAGGCUAGCCCACACACGUUGCUUGUAACUCUUUCCGCCAUUCGUACGACCGACCUCGUUAGAGCUGUUCGUGGUUAUGGUAGCGAAGAUAACAAGAUCGCCAAGCUGUUUGCAAAGAACAAGCUCAACGAAAUGGUCGAUUACGUCCAGAAAACUCAGUUUGGUAUUGGUGCUGGGACAGGAAAACGUAUAGAGGAUCUGAUUGCGCGGGAUGUCCUGAAGAUUGACAAGCUCAGGAGAGUCGUUGUCGACGCCUCGUAUACGGAUGAGAAGAAGAACACGAUCUUCGAAGAUCGUGUUGCAUUUUCCCAGCUAUUGUCUUUGCUUAAUCUGGAAUUGCUCAAGUUGCGACUUUUCUCAGGCGAUACUGAGUUACUCGUCUUUUAA